AUGAUAAUUUUGAAAGAAAAACCAAAACCAACAACAUUGGUAAAAAUUUCGGAAGAAAUUACUGAAGAUGUUACUGGAGAUAUACCGAAAAAGAUUCAUAAAAUACGUAAAUUUCGUAAACCAAAAGAUAGUAAAAUGCCUGAAUUGAGUGAAAUUAAACCCGAUGAUAUUAUCGAAGAAAUUGAAGAAAUCGUUGGUGAAGAAAUUCUGGAAGAAUUACCACAAAAACGAAGCGAUCCAAAGAAAACAAUCAUAAAAAGACGAUUGAAAAAACCAAAUGAAUUCGAAGAAAUUCUGGAUCAAAUCGAAAUUGAAGAAUAUCCGAAAAAACAGAAAAAAAUAAUCGUUCGUAAAUAUCGGCAACGACCCGAGGAUAAAAAACCAAAACUGUUGGAAGAGGAAAAAAUUCUUCAGGAAAAAAUUAUUGAAAUUCCUUCGGAAGAAUCGGAAAAAUGGAAAAAGAUUUUGUUUCGUCGAAAAUUAAAACCGGGUACGGUUGAAACUGAAUUUAUAUUGGAAAAAAAUGUUAUGGAAGAAAUUGCCGAAGUAACAUCGGAAGAGAUUGUUGAAUUACCAUGUCAAGAUAGACCUGAAGAACCGAAAAAAUUAAUUAUUCGAAGUACAGUGAAACAACCGGAUGGUACUGUGGAAAUUAUGGAAAGACCUGCAGAUAAAUCAAUGAUAAUGGAAAGUGUUGAUGGCAAAACAAAGUUGAAAAUUAUUCGAAGACCAGUGGUUCAAUUUGAUAGUGAUGAAUUAUUUGAAUUUUCAAUGGAAAAAUUGGAAAAAAUGAAAAAAGUUGUUGAAAGUAAAAAACCUGAAGAGGUGCAGGCAAUUUCUCGGGAAGAAAUGACGGAAAAAACUGAUGAACCACAUGAUGUAAUCAUCCAGGAAGAGUUAAUUUCUGAAGAAACAACAAAAGAAAUCAAAGAACCAGGUAAACCAAAAAAGAUAAUAACCAUACGAAAAGUCAAAAGGCCAGAUAACGAAGAAGAAGAAAUUGUCGAACAAAUCACCGAAGUGCCUGAUGAUCAAGAUCGGAAACCAAAAACAAUGAUCAUAAGAAAAUAUCGACCCGAAUCACCAAAACAACAACAAAUGAUAACAGAAGGUGAAAUUAUUUCCGAGGAAAUAACCAAAAUUCUACCAAAAACAACAGACCGAGAAAAAGUAAAAAAAUUAACAAUAAAACGUCAAAUUCGACGGCCAGAUGGCGUUGAUGAAACUAUCAUUUUAAAAGAUGUUCAAGAAGAAAUUGUUGAAAUUCCAAUUGAAGAAAUUAUUGAACAGCCAGUGAAAGAUAAAAUUGUUGAUGAGGAUGCUGAUGAACAAAUCAAAGAAAUCAUUGAAUUACAAUCGGAUCAGAGAAAAAAAUUGAUUAUAAAACGAAGAAAAUCCGUUGAAACAGUCGAUGUUAUUGAUGAAGAAUUGAUUGAAACAAUGGAAAAAGAAGAUUCCGAAGAUAAAAAAUUAAUCCUACGAAGAAUAAUACGAAAAUCAGAUGGAUCGGCGGAACAUUUCGAUGAACCAUUGAACGAUAUGAAAAUUAAAAAAAUGUUGAUAAUCACUGAAAAAGAAAAAGAAGAAGAAAAACCAUUGGAAAAAAUGGAAAUAAUUUCCGAACAAAUUGUUGAAUUACCGUUAGAUAAACAGAUUGAAAAAUCGAAAAAGAUUAUAUUUGAAAGAAAAUUAAGAAAACCGGAUGGAAAAGAAUUAAUUGAAAUGAAAGAUGUAACCGAAGAAUCGGCAGUUAUUGUUGAUGAAGAAAUAAUUGAAUUACCGAUAAUGGUCAAAGAUAAACAAGUUGAUAAUGUUUCAAAGGUUGAAAAACCAAAAAAAUUGAUUCUUAAACGUAAACUUCAAAAAUUUGAUGGUAGUGAAAUGAUAAAUGAACAA